AUGUCCGAAACACAACCCAUUAAUCCAAUCAAUCUCCCCCGUAACCUACACUUAAAUGCCAAUAAUCGCCGCAACUCAAUGUAUGAAUGGGGGAGAGAGCCCAGCCAUGGGGACUUGGACAAAUGGGAAGCUCAACUCAUCAGGCAGAUUGAAAUAAUCACGGAAGCCAUCGAAUGGGGAGUGCGGUAUGAUUUCGUGGAUGAGGCUCCCGAUGAGCUUUUGGAAUGGCGAAACGCUCUUUGUAAUGAGUUGGCACGUAUGCCUGAUAUAAGGGCGUAUUUCGUGGACGUUUAUAAUCUGUUACACUCUGAGGAGAACGAUGUGCACAACAGGACCCCCGGUAACGAGAAUAACCAAGUCGUACGCGAUUAA